AUGGAAUAUCUCAUUCGCUUCUCGCAGUCUCUGGAGACUUUCCGUUUGGCAGAAAUCCAGGCCCUUGCCGUUGUGGAAGGCAUCGACCUCGAGGUCAUCUCGUACAGCGACGAGUCACCCUUUUGCCUAGUCCGGCUCCCUUCCGAAGAGGCUGCAAAGGCAUUACUUAGACGCUCCAUCUUAGCGCAGACUAUCCAUGAGCACUGGGGCACAGCAGAGACGUAUGACGAGCUGCAUCGCAUUGUCAAGCGGGAGACAUCCCACCUAUGGGCGCAGUACAAGCAGGCUUCGUUCAAGAUCAACAUAGAUGCCUACCAGGGCUCUCGCUCCUCGGAGCGGAAACUGGCGCUCAUAAAUGACUUUGCCUACCUGCCAUUUGAUGGGUUGGUUAUUCUCUCGUCUCCAGACCAGGAGUUCACCAUCUUCGAGCAAUGGGAGUUCGACGCAGUGCCGCGAAACUUGCCUGACCCCUUGAGAAUCUAUUUCGGCCGUUUAGUCGGACACGGGGUACGAGAACUGGUGAAAACCUACGAUCUCAAGAAGCGGGGAUACAUCAGCACAACCUCCAUGGACUCAGAGUUGGCCUUACUUACGGCGAACAUCGCGCUCGCCGCGCCGGGCAAGAUCUUCUACGACCCUUUCGUCGGGACUGGUAGUUUCCCGAUAGCGUGCGCGCAUUUCGGUGCCAUGGGCUGGGGAAGCGAUAUCGACGGCCGUAGUGUCCGUGGCCAAGGCGGAGCGAAGAGCUUGGAGGGCAACUUCAAGCAAUACGGGCUAGAGAGGCUACUGGGCGACGUGUUUGUUAGCGACCUGACGAAUAGUCCCAUGCGCAAAGCGAGGAUAUUGGACGGGAUCGUUUGCGACCCGCCGUAUGGCGUGAGGGAGGGACUGAAAGUUCUGGGAUGCAGAGAUCCGGAGAAGGACGCCCAGAUCGUAGAGAAGGGGAAACGAACCUACCGAAACCCAUCCUUCGUACCCCCCAAGAAACCGUACAGUUUCACGGCGAUGCUAGAUGACAUAUUAAACUUCGCCUCGGACAUGCUCGUGGAUCACGGACGCCUCUCGUUCUGGAUGCCGACGGCCAACGACGAAGAACAAGAAAUCCCCGUGCCGACGCACCCGUGCCUCAGCAUGGUCGUCGUGUGCACCCAGGCGUUUAAUAAAUGGUCGCGAAGACUAAUUACGUAUCGCCGUCUGCCGGACGCGGAGGUCGACGUGUCCGCGCUCGAACAGAGGAAGCAAGCGGAGCAGGUUCAGGGCCGUACCGCAGACGACCUCAACCCUUUCCGCCGGGUCUACUUCAGGGGCUUCAAGCCCGAGCAAGGUAGUGGCGAUAAUGUCGCGAGCUAACUAGAGGAGGGGACAUGCUCGCUCUAGCCACAAGCUCCAGGGGGAUCCGUCAACUAGGCUAGCAAGCGGUAGGUCGGGGUUCGGGAUUCUCUCUUUGAAACGCGACGAAGAAGGCCAUCUGCGAGGCCUCGGUGCGGGAGAGAGAGCUACGUCACGAUGUCGUUUUUAGGGCUGGCGAUGAAUCACGAUAGAUACUAGAAGGGUUCCCGUGCGUGUACCCCGGUGGUUCUACGUGGGUAGCUUAGGGGUCUUGGCCUGAGGCGGGGGAGCCGAUUCCACUCUGCCCGAGUUGCGACUCAGCGCGUGGGAAAUCCUGGCCUGGGAGUAUGGCGUGGUUGUCUUGCCAUUCUUCACAGAGGAGCGCCCACCCCUUCUGCGAAGAUCUGUACGGGCGGGCUGGAAGUUAGAUUAAGUGACAUUCUACCUUCUACCCGGCUUCCUCUAUCGCCCUACUCGGUAUCCAUUAAAAAUGCGUGCUGACUGACUUUG